GACACGCGGCGAGCUAGUCUACAAGGCAUCACUCUGGUGGCAAGACUCGUCCUUUCUCUGUGCUCGUCCUGGACUAGUAGGCUGAUCUGUUGAAAUCACUGCCCAGCGUCUGUGCAAUAUGUCGCGGUAAGAAGGUCUUUGCUGGUAUCCAAGACACCAGCGCUGAAUGAUAGAGCACGUUUGUCCUUGAGGUGAUCUAACGAAACACUGUUGCCACUAGAAACAUUAUCUUCGUGAGAGGGUCAUGUAGCCAGACCAUCUGACUUUCUAAUUUGGGUGAUGGCUUUUAGAAGUGACUAUAUAACAAGUACAGUUUUGAGCCUUUGUGGGAUCAAGUACAAGCAUUACCUAUUGCGAUCACAGCGCCCUCUAAUUUGGUAUUGCCGUUUCUUGUUGUUAUUGAUUUAAAACAAAAGAUUUCAAAUGAUGACAUUAAAAUGGGAAAAGCUAUCACCAGCUGAGUUUCAGCAGCUUCAAGAUUAUAUUCAGUUUUCCUCCAGAAAACUGACAGAUGUGUUGCAAGAUGAAUUCAAAGAAGAUGGAACUCUAUCUAAAUAUAACCCAGAAGGGGAUAUAGAUUAUGACGGUUUCCAGCUUUUCCUGGAUACCUACUUGGAAAUCGAGACCCCUCGAGACCUUGUCAAGAGACUGUUUCUUUCGUUUGUGAGGAAGCAACCUCAACAGAGCACCACUACCAUCGAUGGUAGGUUUCUUAAGAUGGCAGCAUUAACGUCAACAACAGCGUGCGCGCCAAUUACUUCACACAAAGCAAGCGGAUCGCUACCAGAACUUGCCAAGGAUGGUCAGGCAGAAAGAAAAGAUGAAAGACAUCAUGCCAAGGAUGGCCAGGCAGAGAGAAAAGAUGAAAAACAUCAAAGUCUGGCUGAAAAAAUUCACGGCCUAACAGAAAAACUGCAUCAUUUAGGACAUAAUCGAAGCGACAGUGACAGUUCUAGAGGAAGAGCAGGUAGCGCGUCUAUUUAUCCGAUGGUGACAGUGACACAAAACUAUGUGGACCAAAAGUCUACAGAUUCGUCACCUUGCCACAGUCAAAUGUCCAGGAAUUCCUCUCGAAAAUCGAACAGCUCCAUGUUAAUACAUAAUAUUGAUCUGAAGCCACUCCGGAAGGCUAGUAGUCACGUGGAUAUCCAUGCUCUCCGUGUCCAACUGAAAGAAAUUGUUUGUUACUUGACGCUGUUGGAAGCUGGAAGACCAGAGGACAAACUGGAAUUUAUGUUUCGUCUCUACGACACUGAUGGAAACGGCUACCUGGAUAGCAACGAGAUGGACUGCAUAGUAAACCAGAUGAUGUCUGUAGCAGAAUACCUAGGUUGGGAUGUUAGUGAACUGAAACCGAUAUUACAAGACAUGAUGGUGGAAAUUGACUAUGAUGCCGAUGGAACAGUUUCUUUAGAAGAAUGGAAGCGUGGAGGGAUGACAACAAUACCGCUUCUGGUUCUUCUCGGCCUAGAUUCGCAUGUCAAGGACGACGGCAAUCAUGUCUGGCGGUUAAAAAACUUCAAUCGACCAGCUUACUGUAACCUCUGUCUCAACAUGCUGGUCGGCUUCGGGAAGAAGGGUCUAAGUUGCCUUUUUUGUAAAUACACAGUCCACGAGCGCUGUGUCCAGAAAGCCCCGGCGUCCUGUAUCGGCACCUACGUGAAAUCCAAGAGAACGUCCCAGACCUUACUGCAUCAUUGGACAGAAGGGAACUGUACAGGAAAAUGUAGUAAGUGUAAGAAGCCAAUUAAAUCGUACAACGGAAUCACAGGACUUCACUGUCGAUGGUGCCAGAUGACGCUCCACAACCAUUGCGCCUCCCAGGUGAAACCAGAGUGUAAUCUCGGGAAGCACAGAGACCAUAUCUUGCCUCCAACCUGUAUUUGCCCCAUUGUGCUUGAAAGACAACGAAGUGUGUCAGGUGGACAAAAGAAAAACUUAUCUUGGUCAGAUUCUAGCAUGGCAACAACAGACAGCAGUCAGAGUGUUGGAUCGCCAAUGUCUUUUCAAAUCACCCCACUUCCAGGCACCCAUCCUUUACUAGUUCUUGUGAACCCUAAAAGCGGUGGACGACAAGGAAUGAGGAUUCUAGGUAAAUUCCAGUAUUUGUUAAAUCCUAGACAAGUAUACAACAUCACCAAAGGAGGUCCCAUGCAAGGCUUGCAGUUUUUCAAGGACGUACAAGACUUCAGAGUUCUUUGUUGUGGAGGAGAUGGAACUGUUGGUUGGGUGUUAGAUACUAUUGAUAAAAUGAACCUCUUGUCACCACCACCCGUUGCCAUUCUGCCUUUAGGAACAGGAAAUGACUUGGCUAGAUGUUUAAGAUGGGGCCCAGGCUACGAGAACGAAAGCUUAGAGAAGAUUCUAGAAAAAACAGAGAAGUCGACCACAGUCAUGUUGGACCGUUGGAAAAUUGAUAUUAUUCCAUCAAACGAUACACAGGAAAAGGGAGAUCCAAUUCCAUGUAACAUCUUUAACAACUAUUUUUCCAUAGGAGUGGAUGCGUCAAUAGCCAUAAAGUUUCAUCUGGAAAGAGAGAAACACCCAGAGAAGUUCAAUAGUAGAAUGAAGAAUAAGAUGUGGUAUUUUGAAUUCGCAACAUCAGAGACAUUUUUUGCUACUUGCAAAAACCUACACGAAGAUAUUGAGAUUCUGUGUGAUGGUUUACCAUUAGACUUAGUUAGUGGACCAUCUCUUCAAGGAAUUGCAGUGCUCAACAUCCCCAGCAUUUAUGGAGGAUCCAAUCUCUGGGGAGACAACCCCAGCCAAAGAAGAAAGAUGUCCAAACAAAGAAAACGAGAGCGAGAUCGGUCUACUACUAACUUUAACUCUAUAGAUCUCAGCUUAGCUGUGCAAGAUAUUGGAGAUAUGCUGAUUGAAGUGAUUGGCCUGGAGAACUGUAUGCACGUGGGACAAGUGAAAGCCGGUCUCAGGGGUUCAGGCCGUCGUUUAGCCCAGUGUUCGUCUGUGCUUAUAAAAACCAGGAAGAGGAUUCCAAUGCAGAUUGACGGUGAACCUUGGAUACAAACAGCCUGCACAAUUACAAUAACUCAGAAGAAUCAGAUGCCCAUGAUAAUGGCCGCACCAACGGACACCAAGCCCAGAUUUCCAAUGAAUUUGUUCUGUCGAAAGUCCUAGUUAAACACAAGUCAACAAAUGUUUCGUCAAAAUUCUAUCGACGUUGCUGGUGUUAGCAAGAAUCGUGGAAUAUGAAAGAGGAAUUACUAGUCACGUAUUUAGAUAACGUUAAUUUUUAUAAUCACAAAUAUUUUGCUUUGUCAAUUUAAUAGAAUGAUGGUCGUUAUUACAGCGUUAUCACUUUUAGAACACAGUUAAUCGAUGAUCAUCUCGUUCCUACUUCUAAAUCUUAUUUAUAUGUAAUUCACAUUUGGGAUGUUUUGAAACUACCAAGAAAAACUUAGAAAAGGUAUUGUAAAAAUGUAAAAUUGAGGUGUAUUUUGAGUAAUUCCGGCCAUCAGUACCUUGAGUGAAAUGUUGAUGUGGCAUACCGUCCUAUGAGAACGUGUAUUUUGUGAUAAGUGGAAAAAUAAGAACAAGUUGAAUUCGAACUCAUUAACUUGCUUUCCGGAGAGGUGGUCUCACUAAAAUAUCAAAAUCGAAUCCCAAUCCUCUCGGUUCUUCGAUAAUUGGUUUAUUAAUACAAAAUUUAGCAGUAUUCUCAAGCUGUGUUAUCAGCCUUUCAAGGUCAGAAAACGUUAAUUUUACAUCAUAAAGAGUAAUUAAAGUUAACAAAGUUCUAUAUAACUCGUUAAAAUAAUUUUAGCACUUUUAUUCAAAGAAAAUGAAAUUUGUUUAACCACAUGUAAUUUAUUUUCUUCUGGAGUCCGAAUGGCCUACAGGAAGUUAUAUCAUUGUUUAUUCGUUCUUUUCCCGAAACUCUUUGCUACUAAAAUUAGGAGAAAAUAAAAGUUAUUGUUGUUGUUCUUCCAGAAUGUUAUAAAAUUUGAACUUUCUUUUUAACGUUAAUUUUAUAUACUGUUUCUUAAUCUAAGGGAUCGUAAUUGUGAAAAUAAAAUAAAAAUAACGAAAUAUUUAUGUUAUUAUGAACCACUGAACUGUAUAUUUUCUUGUGUUAUAGAGAACUAUUUAAGUUUAUUUAUUAUGAAAAUUUAAACUCAUUGAUUGUUAAUUGAUUAUGUUGAGAUAAUUGUCAGGGAAAGAACAAUGAUAAUUGAAAAGUUUGGGUAACUGAGCCUUCAUGACAGCAUAUCACAAUAAAUAAAAUAACAUCACCUAAUAAAAAUACACAUAAUGUGAUUAAAAAUUUCCACAUACACUAUCAUAACAGAACUAAUCUAAAGUCAAAUGUCAAAAAUUAUGUCUGCCAUGUAUUUUUUUUCAUACAAGUUACAGUUCAUCUCUAUCCUGGAAAAUCUGUUAUUUAAAAAAGUAAUUUUAUAAAUUCAACAGCGCAAAUAUUGCUAUUGAAUAUCAAUAUCGAUUUAAUCAAUUCAGUAACAAAAAUGCGAGACAUCUUUUCCAUGUACAAUAUUGUAUUUAUAUAUAUUUAGUACAUGUGGCAAUAUAAAAUUCCCUUUAUAUAUAUAUAUAUAUAUUUGGCACUUGAAACUUAUAUUGUUUUAGGAUUUCUGUCUCAUUUGUAUUUCUGUAGGAUUUAAUGUUAUAUUCCGAAACUCUAAAAUUUUUUCAUCACAGAUGUUUCUUAAGAAUUGAGAGUUUUAAAUGAACCUAUUUUAUUGUACUUUUUUCUCGUUCUUUCUGAAUUAUAUUUAACAGUGUUUGUUUUUGCUCAUUGUUCCUUAAUCCAAUCUAUUAAUAUAUAGAUAUGUAUGUGUAAAAUAUGCAUUCGUUUAUGGAACUUACCCAAAAGAUGAAUUCAUUGAGAUAUGAGAAACACUGUUUUAUCAUGAAUGGAAUGAUGGUACCAGUAAGUAUAUUUUAUACAUUCAACUAGUUUAUUUGUCACUAAAAUCUCUGGAUACAGAUAUCAAAGCUGAACUAACACAUAACUUGAGCAUAGUUUGUUCCAUUUACCUGCACUGAAUCGACCUUCAGAAACUUUCACUCACUCUCUAAGUUUAUCGUUGAGAGAAAAAAUACCAAUAGGGAAAUUCUUAAAUGGAAUGGAAAUUAAAACCACAGAAUUUAUCUUCAAGAUAUUUGUACUUGUUCAUAUUCAAAUAGUUUCAUUCAUUCAUCUAGUAAAGAAGUAAUUCGUAAGACAUUAAUUCACUUUCAAAUAGUUUCAUUCAUUCAUCUAGUAAAGAAGUAAUUCGUAAGACAUUAAUUCACUUUCAAAUAGUUUCAUUCAUUCAUCUAGUAAAGACGUAAUUCGUAAGACAUUAAUUCAUUUUCAAAUAGUUUCAUUUAUUCACCUUGUAAAGACGUAAUUCGUAGAACGUAAUUCAUUUACAAGUAGUUUAAUUUAUUCAUUUAGUAAAGACGAAAUUAAUUUCCAAAUAGUUUUAUUUAUUCAUCUAGUAAAUAUAUAAUUCGGUCCUUUACUAUCUCAUAAUGUAACUACCAAAGAGUAAAACAAACUUUAGCCUCUCUUUUCUGGAAAAUCUUUGAAGCAAAUUAUAAUCCUCCCAAAUCAUGAAUAAUCACGUGACUUUUAAUAUUUUCAACAUAAAGACUUGUGCUCAACUAUGCGUUAGGUCAAUAGGCUGUUCCUUGUCCAGAAUGAUGAAAAUUAAUAAAACUCAUUGAAAAGCCAGUACAUAAAAUUAGAUCUUACAGGAUACGCAAGUACUGCUCUUUGAUGAACAGUCCAAGAAAAUAUUUCUUAAUGCGUCUCGUUAGUUUAAUUGUAUUUUAUCACUUGUUAAUAUCUCUUCAUCGUUAUUUAAAACUUAAUAAUCAUCACUCAUUUUUUAUUACAGUAUUGCUAAUUAUUAGUACCAUCUUUAUUUAACAGUAUUGUAUUUAUCAAAAGGAUUAAAUAAAUAUAUUUAUUUCAUAAAACUGUAAUAAACCAGUUGAUCUAGAAGGAUUGUUGCAAGUGUGUCAUUUGCUUUCUUGGUCCACAAAUAUCAGACACAAGAACAAAUUCAUGACGAAACUAUUUUGCGUGAAAAUAGAUUAUUAUUUAGGUUUUGUUAUAUAUUAGAUUUUACUUAUCAUACCACUUUACUGAAGAGCGUGUUAAUCAGGAUGACCUGAAAAAAAAAUAUAAACCCAUGAAAAGGUAAUGGUUUCAUUCUCAGUGGCAUAUGUUUGAUUUUGUGACAUGUGGAUGCAAUGUUUUUCUUCCCCACUUUCUCCUGUUAGUUAAAAUAUUGUUAUUUAGAAGGGUGCGGAUUGACCAUAUGAUAGAUUUCGAAACUGGCGACUCACCGUGUUCGAAUCCGUGUGAUACAACAAAAUAUUCCAUGUAUUUGAAAUUGUGGGUCGCUAUAAGAGUAACAGUCAAUCCCUUAGCAGGGAUGAUGGGUGGUAGGAUGCUGUUUAAUGGCUGCCUUCCUUCUGGUCAGGAGUUCAAAAUUAGGGGAGGAGGCAGACAGUCGUAAGCUUUGUCAUAAAUACAAAUGCGUUAUCUAUUUAACCUAAUGUAUACAAAAGCCAGCUGCCUUUUGUUAACUGUCCGUUCGUCUGUGUCGCUUAGCAACAAAACUGUAUAUAUAUAUUACAUUCGAACUUAAACACUCAGAAAACCAUCUUAAUUGUGUAGGUACAUCAGUUUACAAGGGGAAAACUAUUUUAACUACAUAGGGUUUGUGAAAUCUUCCACUCACCACACAGCCUCUUGAAUAAGACAAUUUCAUGUAGUAAAUAAAUCAGGUACAUUUCAAUAAUUUCUGCUGGGGCGUUAUACGACAAGGUUUGGGUGAAAAUACUAUGUUAGUGAGGCCUUGGACUCCUACUUCCUACAGUUACUACCCUCACAAAAAUGUUUUUAAAUUGAUUUUUUUUUGGGGGGGGGGGUAUUUUUUAAGAAUAUGUUUUCUUCUGCUAAUAGAUAUAAAUAUCAUAAUAUCACUGGUUCAACAGUCGUGAAAGUAACUAAAAGAUGCCACUGGGAUUUUUGACACUGAGUUUUAGUCUCUACAUACACGACAUUGAAAAAUAAUUAUCAAAUAAUCUAUGGUAUACUUUUUACUUUUACAUAAUAUCCACACAGCUUUAAAAGUCUUUAUGUGGUUUUAAACUUGUCGAAAUAUUUUGGUUCUUAUUUAUACGUAAGUAUAAAUCUGAUUUUAUUUUUCUUUGACAACUUUAUUCCACAUUUAAAAAGUGUAAAUUGCACGAGAUAUUUGUGUUCUAUGUAAUAUAUUUUACAGCUAUCCAAUUUUUGUAGGAUCAUUUAAAUUGCACUUUUUUCUGUGUUACGAGAAUUUCAUGUAGACCUUUGAAUCCUGUUUUAGACUUUAACAAUGUUCUAUUAUCUAUUUCAAUGUUCUAAGUACUACUUGUAGAACUGAGAUUAUAUCAUAUCAAAACAUGUCGUGUAUAUCAAGUAAAAUAAAAAAGGCGUAUUAUUUUAUUAUUUGCUCGUA